GGGUUGCGCGCGCGCCGCUGCGGCUUUUUUUUCCACUGGCCUCCGCGACGCGCCCCUCCUUGGAAGGCAGCUCCUGAGCUAGCGGGCACGCGGGCUCCUCUCCGUGAGCCUCUUUUCCCUUAAGGCCGGACCUUGUGGCGGAGAGGUGGUGGGCGAGGCAGCACCCUCGAAUCAGAUCACGGGAGCUAUACCUGUUCUUAAAAGCGAAAGAAGAAAUCUGUGUACUUUAUUGUCGGCUUCCAAAGAUUACUAACUUUUAUCUGUAUCACUAAAAUUGAACUACCUUGGCUAUACUGCUCCUCUUGCUGCUGCUUCCAGAAACCUAAGGCUUUAAAGAAGCCAAAGAAUAACAACUAAUAAGCUCCAUACUAGACGCUUUUCCAUAAUGAAACUUAAGCUAAAUGUGCUCACCAUUAUAUUGCUCCCUGUCCACUUGUUAAUAACAAUAUAUAGUGCCCUUAUAUUUAUUCCAUGGUAUUUUCUUACCAACGCCAAGAAGAAAAACGCCAUGGCAAAGAGAAUAAAAGCUAAGCCCACUUCAGACAAACCUGGAAGUCCCUAUCGCUCUGUCACACACUUCGACUCACUGGCUGUCAUAGACAUCCCUGGAGCAGAUACACUGGAUAAAUUGUUUGACCAUGCUGUAGCCAAGUUUGGGAAGAAGGACAGCCUUGGGACCAGGGAAAUCCUAAGUGAAGAGAAUGAGAUGCAGCCAAAUGGAAAGGUUUUUAAGAAGUUAAUUCUUGGGAAUUAUAAGUGGAUAAACUAUCUUGAAGUAAACCACAGAGUGAAUAACUUCGGAAGUGGACUCACGGCACUGGGACUGAAACCAAAGAACACCAUUGCCAUUUUCUGUGAGACCAGGGCGGAGUGGAUGAUCGCAGCACAGACCUGCUUUAAGUACAACUUUCCCCUUGUGACUUUAUAUGCCACACUUGGCAAAGAAGCUGUAGUUCAUGGAUUAAAUGAAUCGGAGGCUUCCUAUCUGAUUACCAGUGUUGAACUUCUGGAAAGCAAACUGAAGGCAGCACUCCUAGAUAUUAAUUGUGUUAAACAUAUCAUUUAUGUGGAUAAUAAGACUAUCAAUAAAGCAGAGUACCCUGAAGGGUUUGAGAUUCACAGCAUGCAAUCAGUAGAAGAGUUGGGAUCCAAGCCAGAAAACUCAAGCAUUCCUCCAAAUAGACCGACUCCUUCAGACAUGGCCAUUGUCAUGUAUACCAGUGGCUCUACUGGCCGACCCAAGGGAGUGAUGAUGCAUCAUAGCAAUUUGAUAGCUGGAAUGACAGGCCAGUGUGAAAGAAUACCUGGACUAGGACCAAAGGACACAUAUAUUGGCUACUUACCUUUAGCUCAUGUGCUAGAACUGACAGCAGAAAUAUCAUGUUUCACCUAUGGCUGUAGGAUUGGAUAUUCAUCUCCACUUACACUGUCUGACCAGUCCAGCAAAAUCAAGAAGGGAAGCAAGGGUGAUUGUACUGUCCUGAAACCCACACUUAUGGCUGCUGUUCCGGAAAUCAUGGAUAGAAUUUACAAGAAUGUUAUGAGCAAGGUUCAAGAGAUGAAUUAUAUCCAGAAAACUCUAUUCAAAAUAGGUUAUGACUAUAAAUUAGAACAAAUCAAAAAAGGAUAUGAUGCACCUCUUUGUAAUAUGAUACUCUUUAAAAAGGUAAAGGCUCUGCUGGGAGGGAAUGUCCGUAUGAUGCUGUCCGGAGGGGCUCCAUUGUCUCCUCAGACACACCGCUUCAUGAAUGUCUGCUUCUGCUGCCCUAUUGGUCAGGGCUAUGGACUGACAGAAUCAUGUGGUGCUGGGACAGUCACUGAAGUUACUGACUAUACUACUGGAAGAGUUGGAGCUCCUCUUAUCUGCUGUGAAAUUAAGCUGAAAGACUGGCAGGAAGGUGGUUAUACAGUGCAUGAUAAACCAAACCCCAGAGGUGAAAUCGUGAUUGGUGGCCAGAAUAUCUCCAUGGGAUAUUUUAAAAAUGAAGAGAAAACAGCAGAAGAUUAUUCUGUGGAUGAAAAUGGACAAAGGUGGUUUUGCACUGGUGAUAUUGGAGAAUUCCAUCCUGAUGGAUGCUUACAGAUUAUAGAUCGUAAGAAAGAUCUGGUGAAGUUACAAGCAGGAGAAUAUGUAUCUCUUGGGAAAGUGGAAGCGGCACUGAAGAAUUGUCCACUGAUUGACAACAUCUGUGCUUUUGCCAAAAGUGACCAGUCCUAUGUGAUCAGUUUUGUGGUUCCUAACCAGAAAAAGCUGACCCUUUUGGCACAACAGAAGGGGGUAGAAGGAUCUUGGGUUGACAUUUGCAAUAACCCUGCCAUGGAAGCUGAAAUAUUAAAAGAAAUCCGAGAAGCUGCAAAUGCCAGUAAGUUAAGACGAUUUGAAAUUCCAAUCAAGGUUCGCUUAAGCCCAGAGCCAUGGACCCCUGAGACUGGUUUGGUAACAGAUGCCUUCAAGCUGAAGAGGAAGGAGCUGAAGAACCAUUAUCUCAAGGACAUUGAGCGAAUGUAUGGGGGCAAAUAAAAUGUAUGGGGGCAACUCUCCUAUUUACAUUUGCCCAGGAGGUGGCCUGAUGGUUUUUCAGUUCUAGAGUUUUAAGCCUUUGUUGAUCUCUCUGUUAGAAUGUAAGGUGUAUCUUCUAAAGAUAUAUUUAAAAAAAAAAAACAACCCAAAUUGGUUGAAAUAGUUGAGUCUACUUUAACUUAGUUUCACAAAGGUCUAGUGAAGCUGAUAUUGAAAAGACAUUUCCCCUUUAGCUGUGUUACUAAUUUUAGAGCAGAAAUUGUUUUUUAAAACUUAGCCUUAGAUACACUUGUUUUCUUUUUU